AACAGGUCCCAGGCACAGGCUGGUGGAAAACCAUGGUUCAACAACAAUCCCUUUACUGUAAUGAAAAUGAACAGAAGGAUCAGCAGGUGUACUGGAUGUCGUGGUACAUUACCGAAAAAUCCAGACAACAGUCCUUGCCUCCCCCCUUUUGAUCUUGUAGUACAGCAUUUAGAGAAAGACGAGUACCCUUUCAAGGAUCCACUUACCGGGGCAGUACAGAAGAGGAUAUCCCCAGAAAAGCCCAAAUACUACCACCCCAGUCCGAGCUGCAUCCUACAGAGGCACCCUUACUUCAAUACAAGUAUGCUACGCUUACAGGAAGGCUUGAACAUUGAUUCAGUACAUGAAGAGUACUUAGCUACUGUAUUCAGUAUUAAUAUGUAG